AGGUCGAAGGCAAUAGGCUGUCCAUAUCGAAAGCCGCAGUGGACUCUUCCAACAAGUCACGUAAGCUGGUUGUUCGACUGAAUACGAAGAAUGUUACCGACGACGACGAUUUCCAGGACCUCGAAUGCGACGAGUCCGACGACGAAGAUGCGUACUCAGAAGCCCCCCGGUUCAAGGUGAGCCGGCGCAGGACCACCCCAUUGGUAGAGAUCAGCAAGAAGCUGGAAGAAGCCACAGAACUUAUGAAGGAGGUGCAGAACAGCGAGGAUUUCCACUUCAAGGUGGAUAAACGACACGUGCCAGAUUACUUCACAAAGAUCAAGAACCCCAUGGAUUUGGAGACGAUGCGUAUCAAGGCCAGGGGGCAACACUACCAAAGCCGCGCCCAGUUCUUUGAGGACCUGACGCUCAUGAUUGAUAACUGUAUAACAUACAACGGACCGCACCAUCACCUGGUGAACGUUGCCAGGGAGAUGCAAAUAAUCGCAGAGAGCUUCUUGCAUGGUUCUGAUGUCGAGUCUGAGCUGGGCGAAGCUGAGCGCACACUCAAUCCCGUGGCGGACGGUACGGGACGACACCACAUCCCAUAUCCGGGUGAUGCAUGAGAGCAUUGAGAUGUAGAACUUCUUAAUAUCAAUUAAAUUAGAUAUCGGUAUAUAUAUGAUGGGGUAUGUAUGCAUGGUGGUACAUCGUGUUUAAAACAAUACUUCUUGGAGUUGUUGAAAUGUUGUCCACGCCCCUCAAUUCGCCUGUAGUGACGUCGUCUCUGGCGUCUACGCUUCGCUGGUGGUAGGCGUGGGUUGCUAUCCCGAAAUACGCUGUCGCCUACUGUUGUGGGUUGUUGCUGCCCUAGUGGAGGGAGUUCAGAAGAUGAUACGCUGGAACUCUCUAAAGACGAAUUAGGAGACAAAUCGGCACUUGUUACAUAUCCACGAGUGUCGACCUGCCCCUGGUUCGCACGCAGGUCAGAGGUUGCUACCGUCUCUGGUGCAUGAUCAUCUUCCUGUUGCUGAGUUGGUGUACCGUUAGGUUAUCGUUCUUGCCCUCGGGCUAGGCAUACCCGACGUAAGAUUGCUUCGCGCGGUAGUGCGCGACCUGUUCCUCUGCCGCCUAGGGCUGGAUAGGUCUUUCCUUGGGGCGGUAACGCUUCGUACCACGUUGAUUGAUAUCAUCGAGUACGCUACGUUUUGUCGAGGAUUAGGCACUGUUGUGGGAUCAAAUGUCUAUAGGAACCGAAUAUUGAAUCCGUAACGUUCGCUUUAG